AGCUAGCGCUUGAAGCGGUCGUGUUGGUGAAACCGCACCAAUUUCAGUAAAGGAACUUACGUCGUCUGUUCGGACUUUGUGGAUUCGACUGAGUGGUCUCUGUGGUUCUGUGCACGGCAUUUUGGGAAACUGAUCAUUUAAAAUGACCCAGAAGAGAGUGCGAAAACGAAAGACGAAGCACAUCAGAGUCUUGAGAUAGAGCGCUCAGGAUGUGACCGCUUCACAUCUCCGACGAUGGUUGCUUCGGUUCUGUUCCCGCGCGAUGCGAUGGGCCGAGUGACUGCUAUGGGCCAAGUGACUGCUAUGGGCCGAGUGACUGCUGGCCGGCUGCUGGUGGUGGCCCUGUGGUUGUGCGGGACUAUAGUGUGUGACAGUUCGUGCCCGAAGUAUGCUGAGAAGCCGCUAGAGACGCGGGUGCAAGACGCUUCGAUUGUCUUCCGAGCCGUCGUCGUUCAAAGCUAUUAUGAGAGGAGAACACUAGACCUUGCGCUGGUGUCAAUAUACAGGGGAGGCGUGGAACUGGCGUCAGUGUCGCAGUAUGCGGGAUCACCCUAUAACACGACUGAUCGACAGGUGAACCUGAAGAUCAGCCGGCCCCUCCAAGACUGCUUCAACUGGAGCUAUGCGCCGGCCCAGUCCGAGCUGAUAGUGUUCGCGAGGGUCAGCGACCCGGCGGUAGACUUCGAGACCACGCCGCCAGACGGACCCUGGUUGGAGGCCACGUGUGCCGCCGUGCCUUGGAGUCUCGGCGUGGACAUUGCCAUUUGGAAUGCUGUUGGCUGGGCGGGGUGGGGCGAGUGGGGCGCGUGCAGCCGGUCCUGCGGCGGCGGGCUGCAGCUGCGGCGCCGCUACUGCUCCGCGCGCGCCUGCGAGGGGUACGAGGAGCAGCGCCGCGCGUGUAACACCUUCUUGUGUGAUGGAGCCAUCAACCCUCUCGCGCCGGGGGCCCGGCGCAACUUCCACCCGGCGCAGGCGCGCUGGGGCCGCGUGGCGGACCGCCCGCACGCGUUCAGUCUGCGCCCCAACUCGUACAUCUGGAUCGCGAGCUCGGAGCUGUUCGGGGCCGAUCGGGCGUUCCCGAGAGAGUUCACGCUCUUUGUCUCGCUUAGGUUGAGGCCAGAGAGCGGCGGCUACGGUCAAGGCACACUAUUCUCGCUGCGUUCGCGGCGACGCACCGGCGCCUUCCUGUCGCUAGAGCUGACGGGGCGCGGCGCCGCGAGGCUCCUGCACGCGGGGGCCGGCGCUACCAGCGCCAUCUACCUGCCAGUGCCGCUGUAUGACUUCCGGUGGCACCAUAUUGCUAUCAGUGUCCACGACGACAACACAGUCCGUGCGUACGUGGACUGCCGCUGGCUGCGCACCGACGUGCUGGCGCCGGGAGCGCUGGACACGCCGCGCGACGCCGACCUCAUCAUCGGAUACCUGUUCUCUGGUGAUCUGGAGCAACUAGUAUUAGUGCCAAAGGCGGGACAAGCCCACAAGCAGUGUUCCAGCCAAAUAGUUGGCGUAUCUCCGUCGACGGACACAAACGAAGUUUAAACGGGACCGAUGCCACAACUUAAUUCGACAAAGGAGAUCUUGCGAAGAUGUCAAAGCGCUAUAGUACUCUGUCAUAAUGAUGUGCUAUACUAUGUUUCUGAGAAAACAGGGCAAGGGUAUAGAUGCCGUGGCAACUCGUUUCAUUAAGCCAUUUGUACAACAAGGUUUCUAGUACAUUGAUGCUGGAGCGUCGAGUUUUAGUAAAAAACACAGGUGCUCUUACGUAAAUGCACUGACAACUCACUUCGGAUUCGUUUCAAAGCGAUUGAGACACAAGCUUAUCGUGCGCUUUUUAGUACGGAUCAUGGAGGGCUACUUUAGUUGUACAAAACACAAACAAACUAUUUUACCACAACAUCUGUACGUUAAAGCCAACGAGAUAGAGUCACGAUAGGCCGAAACUGCGUUUUUCAUAAGUUACAGUGACCCCUAUCAAUAAUUUAUUCAGUACCUUCAAGAAAAGCCGAUCCAUGCAAUCUAUCUUGAAGUCUUAUCUACCGGCGGCAUCUGUACAAUAACGGCAAAUUUUGCAAAUGGCAUAGACUUGACUUAUAACCGCAAGUUAGUAACCCCCAUAAUUAUGGUGGGGCAUUCACUAAGUAAGUUACUUGUUUGACUGUAUUAGAUUAAUUUUUGGUUUCUGGAAUGUAAAGUUGAAAGAC